AGAAAAACUGUCCGCCAUCUUGUAUCUUGUACUUUGUGACAAUGUUUCGAGUCAAAAGUACAAGGACCUCAGUGUUUCAAAGUGUUGCAAAGAUAUCAAGACCUACUCACUCAAAGGUUUGUAAUCAUUUUGCUGAAAUCGACAAUGAGGAGAUGAUCAAAUUUUUGGUUUCUUAUUUUUAGAGUUAGUCUUAGCAAGGGACUUGAUCUCCACUCGGCGUUGAAGUUUACUAAACGUGCAAAAUUUUCUUUUCUACUCUAUUUUCUUUUUAUUUUUAAGGGCCAGAUAUGUCCAUCAAAGAAAUCCUUACAAUUGAAGUUACAAAGGUGUAAAUCAACAGCAACAAAUCCACCCAAGUAAGUUCAUAAAAACAUGUAUAAUAAUACUUAAUUAUACAUAUUACAAUAUUAAUGUGUAAAUAGACUAAAUGGAUGGUCUUUUUGGUGGGUAAGGUACACGUAAAAAUCAGCCAAGCGUUUUCUGUUAUCGUAUGUAAGUCCAACGACCUAUAGAAUGCAAUUCAAGGUUGAUUUCAUGCUCUGAUGAUGCAAGUUCAGUCUGGUCAUUUAGGAGUUUUCUUACUGUUGAUGUAUUCAGCAUAAGUUAUACCUUAGGCUUAAUCACCAGCCGCUGAUUCGGGAAACGAGCCCUCGCUAGCUAGGGCUCCUCCCCGUGAACAGAUGGCUGGACGUGUGGGUUUACUAUUACCAGCAUGUUGUCUUUAGUGUUCUACUUAAGUUGUCAUGUUAUUUACCCUGCUAGCUGAGUCGCUUCGAUCUUUCCUAGAUAAGCCAGGAUCUUUCCUAGAUAAGUCUGACUUAUCUAGGAAAGAUCAAAACGGCUCUGCUAGCAGGUUACUUGUUAUUCUGCUUAAAAAAGAACUUUCUUUAUAUUUUUGUUUCAAGGUCAACAAAAAGCUCAUCAACCUGGAAGAUAAUAGGAGGAGUAACAGCUGUGUGUAGUGGAACUCUGGCUGGGGCUGUACUAGGAUAUCAUUACAGUACUGAAUUCCGAGAUCUGGUGCAGGAAAAUCUCCCAGUUAUUGAACCAUUACUCAGCUCCUUAAAUUCAUAUUUAGAUAACCAAAAUCAACAAUCAGGAACAAAACAAACUAAUGCUCCAGAAGAUCCUAGGAAACUGCCAUUUUCCAGUGAGCCUUUAAAUCUUGCUGCUCAGAGGGUAAGGCAAUGAAAAUUAUGUGAUAUAAGUUUGUACAAUGCUUCUGUUUUGUAAAAUGUAAAGGGUCUUGAAGUGUUCAACUGAUUCAGCACCUUCCGACAAAGGGAGAUGAUGUUGGGUAGUGUUGGAUUGGUUGUUUAAAUACACCAAACACUGUCAAACAAAUUGCAUGGCAAAUUUAGUCAAAAAUGUUUCUAGACUGAUUAUGUCUUUAAAACUUUAAACACAGCAACACUUGUUUUUGCUAAUAAAAAUACCAUGCAAAAGAAGUUCAAAUGUGAAACAUCAAAAUAUGGGAAUGGAAUGCAUCUUGUCUGCAUUUGCAAUGUAACUUAACCUACUGCAUGCUUGUGAACCUUGAGUACAUUGCUUUACUUAUAUCUUUCUUAGGAUGAUGCCUUCCCUCUCAAAAAACCUGCCAAUUUUGUAGCUGGAAAGAAAGAGCCAACAGCAUCAGUUUCAUCAAUUGAUCAAACAGCCAUCUCAGCAGUAGAUCUUGCAAUAGCCUCUACAGUGGAGAAAGAAGCUAGACAAGUUAAUCAUAAAACUGAGACCAAACCUGAUUCUUCUCAUGACACCGUAACUGUACAGCAGCCACCAAAAAGUGAGAGGGAUAAGGUGGAGUCCCCGACAGCGGCAGUAUCAGUGCUAGACCAUAUUGGAGUAUCAGCUAUAGAUCUUGAUGUUGCUGCAUCUGUUGAGAAAGAGGCUGAUGCUGCGAAAGCAGAUAAAAUAUCAAAGCAAUCAGGGGAGUCAGGUGAAAAGGAGAAACAAGUUGAGUUGCAGGAAAUUAGAGGUUAGGAUACCUGUGUUACUUGAUGAUCAAUAAAGUUCAGAUAUAACGAACACUCUGAUUGGUUGAGAAAGGGUGCUUAAGAGAGCAUAAAACACAGAUCUAAAGCUGUCACGCCAUCUUCCAAUAGUUGUUUUUUAAAAUUAGAAAGUAAUUCAUGGGAAAUUUGACAGUUUCUUUAUUAUAAAACCAACAAAGAAGCCUGACUGUUUAGGAAGCGGCUGGAGCACUCAAGAAGUAGGCAGAAACACUCAACUACUGUACGUCUUGUGUUUCCUCCUACACUUCUUUCAUACCUGCCACCUGCAUUAUUAAUAACAGAACAGAGCUCAUUCAACCAUUUCAGGGCAUCUUUGUUUGUUAAAUAAUGUAAAAGAUAAAAACAGUAAUGUGACAAGCAGAUCUUUAUGUUCAUUUACAGUAGUGAGCCAAUGGCAAGCAAGCAGAAAUCUGUACAAAUCUGAUGUGAAAAUUGUAUUGAAGUGGAAUCCAGCUAAUUAUGACGUUGCUGUUAAUUUGAGUUGUCUAGAUGAGAGUUGUAUGUAAAUGAGCACAACUCUGCUUCAUGUUUACACUGGAACACUCAUGAGACAUUAUUUUGUUUUGAAGGGCAGCAAAGAGGAGGCAGUGUGGCUGAGUGGUCAGGACUGUCGGACUGGCAAUCCAGCCUUCCUGGGUCCAAAUCCUGCUCUGGCCACUCCCUGGAUUUGCACUCAGUCAUCCCAAUUUCAAAUCCUUGGCCACACUUGAAAAUAGCCAACUGGUUGCCUCUUGCCAGUUGGGGUUUAUAAUCCUGUUAGGUUCUAUUUGAAUUCUAAGUGCACUUUCCACAAUAGACAAACCUUUAAACCUUUCAUCUUUAAUACAAGCUAAUAGGUGGUGGAGAAUUUAGAAGAGUCUAUGAUAUGAAACAAUGUAACGAGUAUUUUUAAUCCUUGAACGCAGCAGAAGUGGAUACUAGCCUUACGGAAAAGGAAGUUGAAGCAAUGGUCGAUAAAACAGCCAUGGAACUCAUGGUUCAUCAGGCCCUUGCCAAAUUACAGGCCAUUGGUCAAGAUGCUGUAGAGGCACAUCAGAAAGCAGCAGGCGCUGUCAAAGCCCAUGCUGAGCAACUCAAGGCUGCUUUGGCUCAGUCACAACAGGAAGGAAGUUUGAAGGAUCUUAGUGAUAUGGUGCUGAAUUCUCAAAAGGUUGCAACAGACUGUGUUGCUGCAGCCAAAGCUGCACAGGUAUGUGAAACAAUGUUUGUAGACCCUUGUAGUGUCUUCCACUGGAACUACAGAUUUCUAAAAAGAUCUAACCAUUGCAAGAGGUUCUAAAGUCUGUUAACCCAGUAUAGUUGUUGUAUCGUGUUUGGUGCAGGUCAAAAUAAUAUUAUAUUCAGGUUAGAAUUUUUUAACCUAGGCUGACUCUCAAUUUCCUUUGUCUAGGAGGCAAAGAGAAAUUGAGAAUCAACCUACUGUAAGUUAAAAAAAAAUUAUCCUGAAUUUAAUUUUGACCUGUAACAUGUACAUACCUUUGUCACAUGUUUUGCCACAUUACAUGUAAAUUAACCUUUCACUCCCAAAGUAAAUGAUGGAUCUUCCAAUGUAGUUCUAACUUUUGAUUUUCAGGGUGAAAUUAUGUGAUGCGACUAUUCAAAUAAAUCCAAUGGUACUUUCAUAUAAAAUGAAAAUGAAAUUUGGAAAUUUUGUCAAAUUUUUACCUAUGGCCUCUUCUAAGACUGAUAAGGUAAAGUAACAUGUAGUUGUAGUAAGAACUGGAAUGCGCAAAAAGCACAGUGCUGCUCAGUGGAUCUCCACCUGAUGACUAACCACAUAAAUAAUUUAUUGUAUUAUAAAGCUGCAACAUCAUGGCAUCCAUACAAGUAUUUCUUUGGCCAACUGCCAGUGAACCCUUUUGUUUGUGUAGGUAAGAGUAAAUGAAGAAGUGGAAAAGCUGCAUUCUAUGAUCAAAGAGGCUGAAACUGCUGGUGCUAGUGAAGCAGGAACCACCGCAACAGCAGAAGCAGCCCGAGUUAGCUAUGAUGUUCAGAAAGCAGCUUUAGAUAUGCAGCAAAGUAAAGCAGAGGCUGCAGUGCUGGAAGGGCAUCAGAAGGAUUUGCAAGAAAGCAAAGAGAUGUUUAAGAAGGAGCUAUUAGAUAUUAUACCUGGUGCAUUGUCAACACAAACUGGUGAGGGUGCUGUCGAGGACAAGAAUGUCAGGUACAUGCAAGUGUAUUUCAGGGCUGUCAUUAAGAGGCAGGGGCCGGGGAUUCAUUAACAAAGCCCAGCCCAACCUCCAUUCAGGGGACACAUCUAUUUGGGGGACACUUCCCUUGGUCCCAAGGGUGUCCCCUUAAUAGAGGUUCCACUGUACACUCAACAGACAAUUGUACAGGUAAAUAAAACUUCUAAGAGUAAGUAGGAGAGGGAUCUUCAAUGGGAAACUUUAAUUUUUAUUGGAAUUGUAAGAGAGUUGAGGUGGUUGAGCCAGUUAAAAAAACUGUACAAUUGAAUUACAUCGGUAAUAGGGCAACUGGCGACUGUUUAGCUGAAAUGGUUGAGGAGGUAGCUUACUUACUUACUUAGGCCCUUGGCUGCUAGUGGGCUUAGGCUAUCAAAAACACUCCUCCAUGACUUGGCCCUGGGUUGUUCUUAAUUCACAAGAUGGGUUGAUGUUGGCUUUUCAUCUAUGAUUCUGCAACAAGGUUUUUUCUAGAUAGCUGUGCUGGCCCCAUGCAAACCUAUUCAACCAGGAUAGAGGAGGUCCAAAUAAGACCAGCCUCUACCUUUUGACCUAUCCAGCUUGGGUAACCAUGCCAGGACCUAGUCCUCUCGAUAACAUAGAUCUCCUGGUCAAUGCCACUACAUCAUGGCAAGGAAUGAACCAUGUGGUAGAAGGAGCCAGUCCCGGGCCAGAUCCAUAUUCAGGGUCUUACAAUAACCGAGCAGAAUGUGCUGCCGUUGUUCCACACAUGCAAAUGGUUGGGCAUUCUAGUCUUCUCUGAUAAGGAAAAAAAACAGUAGUCCUCUUCUCUGAUCUAACUCUUGUUUCACGUACGUGUAAUAGUCUCUGGCAGUGAUAACCUCCUCUUGUUUACCUGUAAUGGGUGGUGGGGAUUGGUAGGGAAGGAAGGUUACCUCGCGUGGGACCUAUGAAUCAUUUGCGCCCAUCAAAAUUGGGUAUCGCCAUACGCCCACUUGCUUUUCAAGCAGCUAAACGCUUUUGCAUUGAUGUUGCAAACAGAUCCGAGUCGGUGUUAUUGGCAUAUGCUCGCAAAAGGCUUGAGCAGCUGACCAAAGAACUGUCCAGUUACCAGGCAGAAGAACAAAAGAGGCUGGAGCAUUCACUUAAAGUGCAGCACGAGGAAGACGCCAAGUUAACUGAGCUCAAACUAAAGCAAGAAGCAGAAAGGAUGAUGGCUGAGUUUGAAACGAGCUUGAAAAAGAAGGUAGGAAAAUUGAAAAGUGGCUCAAAAGGUUUUGUUACUGUUAAAGAAAGGAGCCGAGACAUAAACUUGACUCUUCUCGUCUCCUGGGCCGAGUUGUUCAAAUCUGGGUUAAGAUAACCCAGGGUUAGUGCGAAAUUUGAAUUCAUAUUUGAAAGCUUAAAAAGCGUUUCAGUUUUAAUUCUUUUGGUCUACAAGUUGAUGAUUGGAAGCUCUAAAAUUCGUUUCCGAGAAAAGCUUUUGAAACCAGGGUUAAAUUUAACCCCCCAGUCGUCGAAAACUGGGUUAACAAUUGUUAACAACGUUGUAAUAAUAAUAAAUUCAAACACUAUAUGUUUCAUCCUUCAUUUAUCUACUGUAGGUCUGCAGGACUGCAGGAGUAGUCGUUCUACCUCUCUUUUUAAAUAAAUUCAUUGACUAAAAGACAACAGGAUCGUGAACUGACACUACGGGACCACAGGAGUAGUUGACUAGUAUUGCUUCAAAGUGGCCGGGUAUUCUAAAGCUACUCGAAAAAAACUUUGUUACUCCAGUAUCCAUUAUCCAGUAUCCAAUGGUGUAGAUGCCGUGGGAAAUGGCAUUUCCAUGUCAUCGUGGUGAUAGAUUGACUGCUUGCAUUUAAAACAUGAAGCUGAGCAGUAAACCAGUAGACUAAUUUCCUUGUUCUUACACCGUCUACGCUCUAGGAAACCUCUUUGUUGUUCAAAUGCAAACAACGUUUUAGUUCUGACAGUUGUGGUGAAUUUACAGUUUAGAUCUUAUUCGUGUAUCACGAGAAAAAAAAAAGUUGCCAAAGAUAAAUCGCGAAGUAUAGCAGUGACAGUGACAACCAACAAACCAAUAGUGUUAAAUAAAACAUAACGGAGUACGGUCAUCUCACCACCAGAGCGUCAUGAUCUCGCGACCAGAAAGUCGAUUGCCGACAACAAACUCACCACCAUGAAUUCGACUCGCCACUUACUAAUAGCACUGAAAUACGUAACACACUUACCAAGGACUUUGCCAAUGUGGUAAUGCUAAGGCUGUGGGUGUAGCCACUACUGGGCCUUUUUGACGGUUGAACUUUAAUUUCUGUAUUCUCAGGAAGCUGAGUUAGCGGAAGUACAUGAGUCAACCCUUCGUCAACAGCUACGUCGCCAAGCAGCAGCCUACGGUGAUCAUCUGGCCGAGGUGCUGCGGGUGCAGGCUGUAGAACUCGACAACAGGUUUGUAUCACCACUUGUGCGUGAUUAUAUCCUUAGUAACUAGCUAGCUUAAGCAAAGACGUUUUUGAGCGAUGCAGGUCAACCCAAAGUGAGGCAUUUUCCUUUUUAGUAUACCUUGACGCUUCUAAAUGUGUAUUUCUAAGUGUUUUUACUCUCAGCUUAUAGAGACGAUUCCCCAGAAAGUCUAGGCAUAUUAACUACUCAAGAAUGCAAAAUGUCCACUUCCGGUUGACUUGCGUUGUUCAGAACGUCUUCGCUUAAGCUCCCUGCUGUCCAGAAUCUUUCCAUUUCCGAAUUUGCCCCCGAAUGUGUUCAGGCGAUCAAGAAUGGUCAAGAGAUAUGGAAACGCUUCUGAUGCGAUGCGGUUCGAACCAGAUGAUUGGGGAGAUCACAAUUAAUUGGAUAGAAUCACCUGGAUAGCCUGGGUAGGCUGUGUCCAUAACACUGUCUCCUCCGCAGAGGUUACCGCUGGGUAUUCCAACAAAAAUAGCAAAAAUUAGAAAGAUAUUAAGCGCUCGCUGGACGAUGGAAAGAGGGAAAAGGCGGGAACCUCGCACCCCAUUUUCCCCUUUCCAUGCCCCAGCCUCCCUACGAGACAAAGGAGAGGGUCCAUAGCGGUAAUUUUCCAGAUGAUUUUGAUCGUCACAAUCGCCCCAAAACAUCCCUGCAAUCGAGAUCGAACGAUAUAUCGACCUGGACGAUUACGUUGAUUCUAGGCUUAAGUCCACUGAAAAACCUGGUUUACUAUUCUGCUAAUGUCUGAGCGUACUGUUUGAUUAUAAUGUUAAGAGAAGUACUUUUUUCCAUAACAUAACAUAAAACUUUAUUUAUACUCAUUUUAACAUAGCUAAUAACAUGACAUCUUGACUGACCUUAUGCAAGAUGAUUCUGAUUCCCAUCCCAUGAUUCAGAUUCAUCCCAUUCUAAUUCUCUGCACAUUACUUCCAAUUGCCUUAGAAAAAUUCCACUUGUCUUUUGGCGGAGACUUAAGGGUAUAGUUGAAUCCUUGGCUGGCAAAAAAACACUAACUUAGUAAUUUAACUCCUCUAUAGACACAAGGAAGAUUUACAGCAGAAGUUGAAUGCUGAAAAGUCCGCGUUUGAGACGCAACUGAGCGGGGCCCUUGCUCAUUUACGAGGCGUGGAAUCAGUGGUAGAAGGCCGAGCGGAUAUCGAGAAACAGAAUAGGCAGUCUCAGAAACUGUGGGCAGCUUGCCAGUCCCUGGCUUCAGCUAUUGACCGAGGUAUUGACCGCCCCAGUCCCCUCCUUGCCCAGCUGACAGCUAUCAACGAUGCUGCAGCUGAUGAUCCACUGGUUUCUCAAGUUUUGAAAUCCCUACCUGAAGAGGCAGUGACCAGAGGAGUGUUGAAUGAAGAAAACAUAAGGCGUCGCUUUUACAAAGUGCGGAGAUGGUGCCGUCGUGUGGCCAUGAUAGGAGAUAAUGGGGCGUCUCCUUGGACUCACCUACUUUCCUACUUUCAAUCUUUCUUUAUUUUCGAUUCAUUCGAUCCUGUGAAAGAAGGGGAACUUGUUGAUGCUGAAAAUGCGGACACUUUUGAUCUUCUUGCGCGUGCAGAUUAUUACCUACGCCAUGGUGAUCUGGAGCUAGCCACACGAUUGGUUAAUCAGCUCCGCGGGGAGCCCAGAAAUGUAGCGCGUGAUUGGCUGAUUGAAGCUCGGUUGCUGUUGGAAGCAAGGCAGGCUGCCAAUUUGUUGACUGCUUAUGCCGCUGUCUUAGGAACAGCGGGCAGUGAAUAAUGUUCCGAAUUGUUUGGAAAAAAUAAUGGCCAAUGAAAGUUUUGACAAGCUGUCAUUUAGAACAUACUUUAACAAUCCGUUUUACUACAAACUGGUGGAGAACAAAAAUAAAUUUCUCACAAAAUUGUUUCCCUUGUUUUAAUUAAUAUUUAACACAUCUAUUCUCAUGCAUAAAGGACCGAUACGCAUACCUUCCUCUGCUCCUAUACAUAACUGGUCCAAAAUGCCUAUCGAUGAUUUGUUGCAGAUUCAAACGAGAAGCCUUUCUCAUAGUGAAUCUGUUUUCACGAAGGCGGGCUAACGCUAAAAAAAUCAGGUUUUAAAUUUCUUUACAUGCAAGGGAAAUAAACGUCAUUACAUUUGGAGACAAUGUGUAGGAUAGUGAUGUUUAGUGUUUUUCAAAGACAAUCUCUGUUUUCUAAACGAGUCUCUGUUAAGUAACAUCAAUACGGGAUCCUGUCUUGGUAAUAAAACCAUUAGUCCUUACCAUAUUAAACUAAAUAAUUUUUAUUAUAUUAUUUAGUGGACAAGGAGUUAGAGAACUGGAC